GAUUGAUCCCAGCAAGUCAGCUGCAGUUUCUUGGUGGAGUAGUAGAUAAUCUCAGCCAGCCUGCACCUUUAUUCUUCUGAAUAAAAAGGUUAUGUAGAAUGGCUUUCAACAGGAUUCUAUGUCCAGAGGAUCCUCCUCAAUAAAACACUUUGUGAAAAACACCCUUCCAGGGGUGAGAGAAGGGAGAUAAAAUCAGGCACGAGCAGGAACUUUGCGGGGGAGGGGGGGGGGAAUAAUAAAGACCCAAUGGCUCUGAUCCUGUCCUAACUGCCCCACGGCACUCCAAAGCCCCAACUUCCUGGUCUCUGGGGAGGACCCUACCCUAGGAGCAAUUCACAGUGCUUGGCUGCUUUUUCGGAAACUCCCCUGGAGGGGGCGCUCCCCCUAUUGGCCCUGGCUCCCUAUAAAGGGCCAGGCCAAGCUGCAGAAGAUGCCUGCCGAAGAUCCCGAGAUAGCAUCUGUGUCUGCCACAGCCCUGCCUGCAAGUACCAUGAAGGUCUCCGCAGCUGCCCUCUCUGUCGUCCUAACUGCUGCCGCCCUCUGUGCUACUGCAUCUGCCUCCCCACAUGCCUCAGACACCACUCCUUGCUGCUUUGCCUACAUGCCCCGGCCACUGCCCCGCCACCACAUCACGGAAUAUUUCUACACCAGUGGCAAGUGCUCCAACUCAGCUGUCGUAUUUGUUACCCGAAAGAACCGCCAGGUGUGUGCCAACCCAGAGAAGAAGUGGGUUCGAGAGUACAUCAACGCUUUAGAGAUGAACUAGGAGAGGGAGCAUCCUGAACCUGACCUUGUGUAAACUCAGCUGCUGUGCCUUGCUCUAGUCUUAACCAGCUUAGGAAGCUUCUCAAUCGCUACUCCCAUUCAUCCUUGGGAGGGCCUGGAUUUUACUACAAAGCAGCAAUAAUAACGGCUUCUCCCACUUAAAAGCCUAAAAGAGCUACUGUGGCCCUGCCUCGGCAAUGGGAAGUCUCUGGGUUCCCAGCUUCAGGCCUCUCACCCUGCCCAUGACUCAGUGACAGGGGAAGAAAUCAGCAUGCCGCUCAAGGCAAAGAAGACUGGCCUCCCAUUAGAAUUUCCAGUGGGAAAUCUGCUCUUUAGCCCAUCUUUAGCCCUCACAAUGGCUGACUGGCCAACAUUAGAAAUCAACUUUUCAUUAAAAUUCUCAGGGUAA